CUUGCCUCCCGACCCCGAGCACAGCUACAGCGGUAUCCAGGUCUUUGUCGCACGAGGCCAGUGCCGUCGUUCUACCUCUGCUCGCCACGUCCUUGUUCUAGCGUAGCUACUGCAGCUGCCUUUUUUCUCCUGGCUGGUCUGCUGUCUAUCAUCCAAUUGGGCGUAUCAAUCAUGUCUACCGAGGCCUCUUCUUCGAAAGACAGCAAGGUUUCCAAGGCUAUUGAUGGGGGUCCUGUUCGCAGCGCCGACGACAUCGAAAAGCUUCUGAGCCGGGAGGCCACUGCGUUCCAGCGAGAAAUCGAGGUCGAGCGCAUUCUCAAGGCAUUCAAGCUCAAUCCCUACGAGGUCCUCGACGUCACGGAAGAUGCGACGCCCGAAGACAUCAAGAAGAAGUACAGACAGCUCUCGCUCUUCAUCCAUCCUGACAAGACCCCCCACCCUCGUGCGCCAGAUGCAUUUGAUCUCCUCAAGAAGGCUGAAUCUGAUCUCUCUGACAAGACAAAACGCGAAGAGCUCGAUGCGAUCAUCACCCAGGCUCGCGCUGUGGUCUUGAAGUCCCUUAAUCUUCCCACAACAAUACCCACUAGCGAUCCGCGCCUGAAGAAUUUAACGCCGUCGUUUCGACAACAAUUGCUUGCGAAGGCGAAGGAGUUUCUCAUAGACGAAGAAGUCCGUAGGAGAAAGGCGAUCAAGAUGAAUUUAGCCAACGAAGGUCUCGAAGCGCGUAAAAAGGAAGACGAGGUCAACGCGAAGAAGCGUAAGGCGGAGGAGGACGCGAGAUGGGAAGAAAAUCGGGAGCAACGUGUGGACAGUUGGCGAUCAUUUGCGUCCUCGUCAAAGACAAAGAAGAAGAAGCAGAAAGUCGCUAUCCUCGGCUAAGGCUCCCACCGUCUGCUCCUAUGUCAGAUUACCAUGGUAUCUCCGUGAUCUUCACUAUGCGUGAUACACUGGAGGUUGUACUUAUUGCACUUGUAUCCCUGACCCCACAUAAAUAGAAUGGUCGAAAGUUCUACAUCGUACAUUAAUUCAGCUAGUGCUAGGGAUUUCACCAUCGCGGAACGUACUUCAUUCUCGCAAUUCUACUGUGUUUAAUCCGA